AGCUCAACAGUCUUCCGGUAGAAACAGAUGCACAACUGUUGGUUGAACAGUUCCGGUGUUCAUGCAAAGCUUAACGGGCAAACAACACAUUCGGUAUUUGAACACGACUCAUAAACAUGGCAUUUCCAGUUUCAAUUCAAAGUUGAAAUUAUAACGAGUAGAAACUUAUUUGGUACAAUCUACGCGCCCAACUCUGUUAUAGUAAAAAACAUGGCGGCGUCCUUGAGCAGCACAGCAGGCGCGAGGCUUCUGGGCACUUUGAGGUCGCUGCGCAGAGGCCUCCACGUCACCGCGGCGUGCUGCAAGAACCGAGCGGCUCGGGUCCGAGUGGGGAAAGGAGACAGACCCCUGACGUACGAGGAGGCGCUCCCCCCCCAUCAGAUCGCCCACCGCAAAGGGUGGCUGUCGCAGCACACGGGUAACCUGAGGGGAGAGGAGGGCACGGCCGAGCGCACCGUGGAGGACCUGUUCGUGAGGCGCUUCGUAUUCGGGACGUUCCACGGCUGCCUGGCCAACGAGCUCGUGAUCAAGAGGCGCGGCAACGUGCUGCUGGUGUGCGCUCUGAUGCUGCAGAAGUUACAGCCGCAGAAGUUUUACUUCUUAAUCGGCUACUCGGAGACGAUACUGUCGCACUUGUACAAAUGCCCCGUGAAGUUGGAGGUGCAGACCCUGCAGGAUAAAGCUGUGUACAAGUACCUGUGAUGGCGUGCUGCGACACGCUUUGCUUUUGUGAUUAAAACUGUGAGAAAAGCUUGAUUGACAGGUUUAAUACACGGUAUAUACAUACA